AUGGAGUGUGACGCAGUGCACAUUUCCAUCGAGCAGAAAACCAAAAAUAAGGAGAUCUUCCUGUCCUCUCAAUAUGCAGUACUCUCCAAGGAAGCUAGACCUAAACAGCCUUAUAUAGUUGAGUGUUUGAGUUACGAGUUUUUUGAGGACUACACUCAAAAGAAUAUAUUUGUUUAUGACUCUAUACGGCCAGGUCGAACAACCAACGAUCCUACUGUCACAGACUUAAGAGUGCUACAAUAUAACCCUAACGGAAUAAUCAAGUAUAAUUUAAGCUUUGAUGCAGAAUAUCAAGAGUUGCCUCGCGGCAGAACUCGACGUAGGGUGCUGAUGAUCCCUGAAAACCUACCCAGUAGACCAAAACUUUACCAAAGUGCAAUAAAAAUAGCUGAAAGCACAAAAUUGUUUUAUUUGUAUCAUAUUAGUUCUGAUAUUCAAUCAGUAAGCGCCUCCCACAGUUAUAGCAAGAUGAAGUUUCUGGUUAUUUUCGCGGUGCUCGCUGUCUCCAGCGCCUCUGUGGUAGGUCGCGACAAGAGGAGCUUCGGCCUUCACUCCCCCGCUGUCUACACAACAAAUACACAAUAUGUGACACAAGAGGUGUCGCCCGUGUACCGUGCAGUAUCAACUCCUGUGCUCUACAAAACAUAUCAAUCGCAGCCUGUGAGCUACGUCUCGUACCCAACAACAUACACCGCAUCCGUACCUCAAGUCUAUUCCAGCCCAGUGUACACCCAAACAUCACCAUCAGCAUUGACUUACUCCGUGCAACAGGCAACAAAAUUGUUUUACUUGUAUCAAAUUAGUUCCGAUAUUCAAUCAGUACGCGCCUCCCACAGUUGUAGCAAGAUGAAGUGUCUGGUUAUUUUCGCGGUGCUCGCUGUCUCCAGCGCCUCUGUGGUAGGUCGCGACAAGAGGAGCUUCGGCCUUUACUCCCCCGCUGUCUACACAACAAAUCAACAAUAUGUGACACAAGAAGUGUCGCCCGUGUACCGUGCAGUAUCAACUCCUGUGCUCUACAAAACAUAUCAAUCGCAGCCUGUGAGCUACGUCUCGUACCCAACAACAUACACCGCAUCCGUACCUCAAGUCUAUUCCAGCCCAGUGUACACCCAAACAUCCCAAGUUGCAGUACCGGGAGUGUAUGACGCUGAGCAUUCCUCGCAAACUUCUUCUAUCUCCCACUACAAACUAAAAUCACCAUCAGCAGUGACUUACUCCGUGCAACAGGCAACAAAUUUGUUAUAUUUGUAUCAAAUUAGUUCUGAUAUUCAAUCAGUAAGCGCCUCCCACAGUUGUAGCAAGAUGAAGUGUCUGGUGAUUUUCGCGGUGCUCGCUGUCUCCAGCGCCUCUGUGGUAGGUCGCGACAAGAGGAGCUUCGGCCUUUACUCCCCCGCUGUCUACACAACAAAUCAACAAUAUGUGACACAAGGGGUCGCCUCGCCCGUGUACCGUGCAGUAUCAACUCCUGUGCUCUACAAAACAUAUCAAUCGCAGCCUGUGAGCUACGUCUCGUACCCAACAACAUACACCGCAUCCGUACCUCAAGUCUAUUCCAGCCCAGUGUACACCCAAACAUCCCAAGUUGCAGUGCCGGGAUUGUAUGACGCUGAGCAUUCCUCGCAAACUUCUUCUAUCUCCCACUACAAAGUACAAUCACCAUCAACAGUGACUUACUCCGUGCAACAGGUGCCCCGCACUGAGUACGUAGUGUCCAAUGUAAACGACCCAUGGUGCUAA